UUGGCCACAGAAUUUUCCUAAUUAAAUAUACAAGUCAUUUUACUAUAAAAGCCCCGACAUUUAUUCAUUUACCAACACCUCUACAAAACUAUCAUCAUAACUCUUCAAACGUCUACAUUGUCUACAACAACACUCUUCAUGCUCUGCCUUCUUCCAUUGGAGCUCGACACCGGACCCUGGACCAGAAAGUCGUCAACGCUGUGCUCUCUGCUGCUGCUGCUCACCAUCGCCGUACUUGUAGUUCCCGGACAGGACAAAAUCGAAGAAGUCGGACUUGGCAAGCACACAUUGAUUAACAACAAGCAAGUGACGCUCGCCGCCAACACCAUAAUUGCCAGCAGAACAAACUUCGACCUUGCUGAUUUUAACUACAGAAAGCUGUAUCCGGACGCAUGCGAUGUUACAAUCGAAGACGACUACAUCGAGCUUCGGUACAACUACGGCAGCAAUGGAUGCACUGUGGACCUGCUCAGCGAGAACAAGGCGAACAUCAACAUCAUCAAAUUCACGACCGGAGUGCGAAACCCAAAAGGUGGAAAUCUCAGCAAAUGCCUUGAUGAGGGUUUCAUCUUCAGCAAAACCCAUAAUAAUAUCCUGCCUUUCGUCUACAGCAAAAACAACACGAUCAUCGAUAAGCUCAACAGUGGCUGGCACAAUGAAACGAAGGAGCAGUGCAAUGUGGAUAUGUGCGGUACAUGCAUGCUGUGGACAUUUCUUGAAGUCUCGUGGUGUAGGGCUAAGAAGCAAGUGUCAGCUUAUACUCAUAUAGUUGGGGAAAAGGUGUCUCAAAGCGUGCAACAGGACCGGCUGAUGGUGGAUGGUGAGAUGACCCUCAAUCUGACGAUAAGUUCUACGAGCACGUUCACGAUGGACUUCACGAAAGAAAAGACAUUCAACGCUACGGAGGAUGCUGCUUGCGUGCCAAAGAAGGAUCCAAUCGUACACCCGGAAACAUGGACGAUCACGAAUGAAGAGCACAUGGGCAAACACCUGCUUGUCUUCAGCCUGCUUCGACAAAACGCAACUUUUGUGUACGUUGAUGGUCAACGCUCUAAAUCUCCAAAUGGACCGCAUUGUGAACUCUUCGUUCAAUUUGUGAGUUUUGAUUUUUUACCUUUAUGUAGCUCCUUUGUUCAAUUUUUAUACUAAUUUCAUUUUUCCAGGCUACGACCAACUACAGCCUGCUCGUUGUCAACACCUCUGCAACA